AUGGCUGCAGCGCGUCGACAGCCCUCUGUGCAGAUUUUUCAGGACCCUGUACUACCUCACGAUCACCACGAAGUCAACGCAUACGACCCACGAUACCUAGACAGCUUCGUAUCCAUUACCGACGUGUCAAACGACUCCCACACGCUCCUUGCACCACCAGAAGACUCCACCAGCGAGCUUUCACCACGCAAGACCCGACACAUCUCCAGCUCACCCCCGCCCAGCGCCCUUGCUGAGAAGGGCCUCAACGCCGUUUCACUACCGCCACCAAAGGAGCAGAAUUUCUCCACUGACGCACUCACAAAGAAGGCACAACUGCCCAUCCCAGAGCAAGCGCAAGCAAUGGCGGGUGAAGCACAGUACUGGACUAGCUUUCCGUCCCAGACGGAUAAAGAGAACGCGUGUUCCUACUCGGAACCCGUAUUAUCCGCCCUAUCCGCUGCAGAACCGCCGACAAAGCAAGAAUCCAAGCGCCUGUUCGCAGACACCGCACCUCUACGCGAUCGCAGUAAGAAGCAGAAGGUCAAAGAAGUUGUCAAGGUUGAGGAGGUGGACGGGCCCCUGCCGCAUCCAGAGCAGAUGCCCAGUGUCGAGGACGAUGGAAACAAGCCCACCUACAGCUACGCAAUGCUCAUUGGCAUGGCCAUCCUGCGGGCGCCAAGCCGUCGGUUGACUCUGGCACAGAUAUACAAGUGGAUCUCCGACACCUUUGUCUUCUACCGUAACUCUCAGGAGACGGGCUGGCAAAACAGCAUUCGUCACAAUCUCAGUCUGAGCAAGUCGUUCUCUAAGCAAGAGCGCCCCAAGGACGAUCCUGGAAAAGGCCACUACUGGGUCAUUAACCCUGGAUUCGAGAAGCAGUAUCACAAAAUCAAGCCCGUUCGCCGGCCUGCCAACCCUGAUGGCUUCCUCCCAGCAUAUCCUGGCGAGCUGCCACGGUCGACCACAUCCAUGUCUGCUAGCUUCCCACCAAUGAGCUCGACCAAGGGUUUUGACUCGAGUAAAUUUCCUGAAGAGGCGGAGCUACCAUCCUCAGAUGCUACCAUUCCAUGCUCAGACCCCACCGCCCAUGACGGACACGACCCCCUUAGCAUGCCUCCACCACGCCAGAUGCCCUCCUCACCACCGCCAGUUGAUAUCCAUUCGUCACCACCACCACCCGUCUCACGCCCGCGCUCGGCUCGUGAAGAUACGCCACCGCGUGCUCCACGCUUCCCCACCAACAGUCGGUCCGGAGGGCGAAAGCGCAAGUUCAAUGGUCUUGGUGAUAGUGGCUACUAUUCGUCCAUCGAGUCGUCUGCGAUCAAGGGCAACCCACUUGGCCCACUACUCACUUCGGAAGCAGAUGUUGAUCGCCCCAACCUCAAGCGUGGACGUGCUGAAGAGGAAAUCGCUCGCAUCCGUGGUUCCUCUUAUGACUCUCCUUCAAAGACUAGACCCUACAUGAAGCAGCCUAGCAAUGCUCAUCUCAUCUCUUCGCCAUUUCGCCGGGCUGACAAGACGGAUGGUCCUCUUACUCCAGCCAUUGUGUUCAAGCGCCCUGCUCUUCCACCGGCUUCUGCAUCCCCGAACACCAAUUUGCGAAAUCACCGAAACAAGAUGCGAGAGCUUGUUGGGGGCUCGCCAGAUAAGAGCUUGGCCAUGUGGGUCGACACGUCCUUCCUUGACAACAAGACCUGGAGCCCGGCGGUGUCGAUCCCGAACGAGGAGAGUGUCAAUCUUGUCGGACAAGGCUUCGAGAGCACCUUUGACAUCUUUGGCGACUUCAAUUACAAUGAGAGCCCAAUCAAGCGCAGCGCUAGUAAGCGUCCACGACUGGAGCGCGCUGCCACCACGAGCGGCAUACUCGCUGAUAUCACUGGUUCAAAGGGCAAGAUGACCAACUCGCCCACUCCCAACUGGAAGCUGUCGUCCUCGUUCCUCAACAUACCUAACCUAUCGCCAGCCAAGAACUUUUCGCCGCUCAAGGCCCCCAUGUUGAAGCCUCCUACUUCGAAUCCAGUCUUGGAAUUCGCUCUUCCAAAUGCCAACAAGGAGAAUGGACAUUCCGGCCUGACUCCUCCGAAGUCACUCAGCGCUUCUACCACCCAGCAGCAGCAGGAUGAUGAGGACAUCUUUCACCUUCUUCACAGCGAUGAGUCGGAGCCCGGCAUUGAUCUGCUGCAAGGUUUCGAAAAGAUCGGAGCUAGGACGUCUGCUGUUGCCCCUAACGGAUCACCGCAGAAGGUGUCACGGCCGGGCAUGACUCGCAGCUCUACUGUUCGGUUCUGA